AUGUCUCAUGAUCAGGUGUUUAUCACCGUCGCGGGGCCGCUGCCGGGCUCUCUGGAUUUGGGAAGCUGGGGGUUAUUUUACACCCGCCCCUACAGCAAGGAACCGCUCCGAUGCUACAACUGCCAGCAGUUCGGUCACCAUCGGGCCAGGUGCAGCCGCCCUCCGGUAUGUGGCAUCUGCUCGGCGAGACACGACACGGAGCGGUGCCUCACCAAAUACAAGGCGAGUCAAGAGAUCACCAGCAAGUGCCCGAACUGCCAUCAGGAGCACCACGUCUGGAACAAGAAUUGCACCAACAGGCGUGCUCUGGUGGACAGGCAACGCAUAGUGCAACAGCGUUGGGUUGUCACCCACCGCCCGGCUCCUCCCGGCACCUUCCGCUGGGGCAGCCAGCUGCCUCCCGCGCCAACGGAGGUCCCGACGGCCCACCUCCCCCAGCCAGCCGAUCAGGCGCCUCCUGCCCCCCCUCCGCCCGCCAGCCAGCCCCGCUCCAUCACCACAGCGGCUCCCGCCGCCGCUCCUCCGGGCCACAUCCUCAUCACGAGGGAGGUGAUGGUGGGCCUGUUGGAGGGCUUCGGGAGGAUCAUUGCGUCCGUACUGAAGUCGGACGUAGAACCGAAGGUCUUCUCGGACGCGGCGAAGGAAGUGGUGGGAAGUCUCUUCCCAGAGACGCCAGCCAGGCAGGCUGCCACUCCACCUACGCAAACCAACUCUCUCGGCGGGCCGUCUCCAACUCCACCCACACCGCCCCCACCUGCUCUGGCAUCCGCCCCCUCGAAGCCUCCUGCCCUCACGCGCGCGGGGCCCCUAGCGCCUCUGACGACGCCCCCGACAGUCGCAACCGCCCAGCUUCCUCGGUUGGAAACGCCGCCGCCUGCUCCCACCUCCCUGCCCACGACCGGGCUGCUGACCCGCCCGGUAAUGAACAGGGACCCGCGCUCCAGGACGAUGUCCCUGUAG